UCCCUGGUACGUCGGAUGCGCUCGAGUCCGGUCAGAGAGCGCGCACGCACUCCUCGUGGGGACAGAGAGAAAGAGAGAUAGAGGGGGAGAGAGAGAGACGUGUGAUUUCUCUUUGUACUGAAUGAAGAGUUGAGGCCGGCUCUGCUUCUUCUGUCGUCUCUUUUUAUAUAAGCGGAGUUUGCAUGCUGUAAAUAGCCCAGUAAGCCGGUUAGCCUUUACGUUUCUCCGUGGCCGUCGGUCCCCUUUGUGUGGUGGAAGCGAGCAGCCGCUGCGAAUGUCCCUUUGAGCGAUUUUUGACAACAAAAGCAUCAGGUCCAUCGUCCGUCCUUCUUCUUCUUCGGGGGAUUUUUUUCCAAGUCACAAAUUCACCAGCCGGGAUUUUUCGUUGCGGAAAAGCGACGAGCCGCACGUCCACAGACCGUUUUCUGCCUUCUUUCUGUCGCUCACUUCACACUUCUGUAGCUCCGGGGGCAUUUUUUCUCUUUCCCAAACCAAGCGACAAUGGCAGCUGUAACAAGCCCGGAGACGAGCCCUCAACCCCGGGUAUAUUUCCAGACACCGGCCGGUACCACGGAGGAGCCGGAGACACCAGUUCGGAAGCAGGGACGCGUUACCGUCAAAUAUGACCGCAAAGAGCUGAGGAAGAGACUGAACCUGGAGGAGUGGAUUAUCGACCAGCUAACGGACCUCUACGACUGUGAGGAAGAGGCCAUCCCUGAGCUGGAGAUAGAUGUGGAUGAACUGCUCGACAUGCCCAGUGAUGUUGAACGGGCAGCCAGGGUCAAGGAUUUGCUGGUUGACUGUUUUAAACCUACUGAGGACUUCGUCUCAGAGCUGCUCGACAAGAUCCGAGGGAUGCAGAAGCUCUCCACGCCUCAGAAGAAAUGAUGGCAUCCUUUCUCCCUCCAUCCUACAUAUUCCCCUCCACCUCAGCCCUCACCUCUCGUCUUCCUACCACAGCUCACGCUAUUUUUUUAAAUCUUUUUUUGUCUGUUUUCUUCCAUUAAAGUUCAUGAAAUGUUGCAACUUGUUUCUGCUUCUAGUUAGACCCUCUCUUGUUGUUGCCUGGAUCCAGCCCCAUAUGUCGCUUUUCUCUUUUGUUGUCAUGUUGUUGGACUUUCUUCAUAAAAACCAUCAGCCAAGAAGGGGAGAAAAAAGACAAAUUAAAGAGUGAAUUAAUUCAAAAGCGACUCAUUGGUCUUAAUCCAGGCAUUCUCCUUCCUCCUCUUUUCCUACUCCUACCCCUCUCUCCACCUUUUUUUUUCUUUUUUUGGCUCUGCUACCCGUUCCCAUCCAGCUCUACUUCCUCCCCACCCACCCCUACACCAUCUUCCAUCUGUCUGAGGAGGAAGAGGAGACGAGUCCCCUAAUUACUGCGAGCAGAGUGACCGAGAUCGAGAAGAAGAACGAGAGAGCGCAGAUGCCAAAAAAGACAGCGGAAGGGUGAACGAGGAGGAGGGUUAGAGGAAGGAAGAAGCCAAUCAACUCGCUUCUGUCUCACCGAUCUUUACGUUGCUGUUUUUGAGGGUUUUAAAGUUGACCCAGCCGCCCAUUAUAAUUCUUUCCAUACUUCCCGGUUCAAUUUGAGGGCUUCACUUUAGUUUUUUUUAAUUAACUCUUUCGGGGAUCAGUACAGUCUUUUGCUAGUUAUCCCCCUCAAUCAGAGGCAUUGCUGCAGUGGUGCAUUUAGAGACUGUCUUUUUUUUGUGCGCAUGUGUGUUUGUGUGUUUGAGAAGUCUGCACUAUGUCAUUUUGAGGGGAAGAAAAAUCGGAACCACAAAGAAUAAUUUAUAGUGUAUCUUUAGCACGGCAAAGAGGGGAAAUUUGAAGCCUGGAAAGGGUCACCGGCUUGUUUUUGGUGGUCACGGGCUUAAAAACACUGAUCCUUUGGAAGCAAGUUCUCUUUAGGCUGGAUGUCAAAGUAGAAAGUUUCUUUUUCCUCAAAUGCGUAGAACAGUCACGAGAGGCUCCUCAGAAGCCGCUGCACAUACAAACGUAUGUCUGUGUCGCUAAAUGCUACGUGUGUGUUGCUACAUAAUGUACAGCAACAUUUGUCAUAGGAGUGUUUUUGGGCCUGUAUAUUCUGCUGUUCUGUAUGACAGAUUAGAUUUUUAGUAUAGGACUGGUUCCUGUUUCGUUUGGGGGUUGGGGGGGGGGUUCUGUUUUUGUUUCCUGGAUGCAUUUUUUGUCACACGGACACACACUGACAGUCCAACAAGGGGUCCCAAAACAAAGCUGCCUUUUUUUAAAUCACUGCCCCUAACCCUUCCAUCUCAUUCUCACAAUUUCUCCUUUUUUCUAAAACAUUAUUAGACUAAACCAUUAUACUUUUUUGAGGGGGGGGGGGCGUUCAGAGCAGCCACAUCUCUGACAUUUGUCCUCUGCCUGACAUGCCAGUGGAAUCACCGCUAACAUUGCUCAAAUCAAAGCAUGCAUUUUUCUUUCUCUGUCACACACACGCACACAGCUUCUCGGGGCGGAGGAAGCGGAAACGCAUCGGCAAACACAGCUGCCUCUAGCACAGAUGUGCACACACACAAACACCAGGCACAGUCAGAGAGAGAGGGAGACGAGGCCAUAGUCCACCGCUGCCCCCCUCCAUCCUCCCGGUGCAGCUACCAAUCCUCUCAGAGAAUAAGCCAUCUGUUUCUGAUCCUGGGCCAAUCAGAUCAGAGACCGAAGCCCAUUGGUUAACAAGAGAAGCGGCGAGAUUUCGCUGUGGUUCCUGUGACCGAUUGCUAACACCUGCAGUGACAGCAGACCUUCGCUGUCUGCCUCUUUCUCUGGUAGAGCCAAAAGGCACAUGUGUACACACAUCCCCCACUUUUCUCUUUUGCCUUCCCUCAUCCCAUCAUCCCACAGUCACCCUUCUCUCCUCCCUCCCUUUUUCCUUUCUUUUUCAUUUUUUGUUUUUUUAUAAAGAGAUGUUGCCUUAGGUAUUAUUUAUGUUACACAAACCAAAUAAACAGGAGACAUUUUUCUUUUAAAGGGUAAUGCAAGCUGCUGCCAUGUGUGAGCAGACCUGCAGUGUGUGGGGAAAAAUCUUGAAUCUUCUGUUGGUCCUUAUAUACUCUUUCUUCUUUUUCUGGAAAACAAACUGAGAUUCUGUUUUUUGAUUUGUUGUUUUUUUUUUUAAAGAAGUGAGUGUUUAAUACUUAGGCCUUGAUACAGUGAUUUUUGUUUAGGUAAAAGAUGUUCUUUGCAUUUACCAUUUGAAUACUGCUCUGUUUCUAUCGUGAUCAUGACACUUCUUGACACCCGGCCUUGGAUUAACACA